UAUGAUAUGACUAUUAAUUGAUUCGUUUAUUUAGUAUUUGUCGCCAAAAAUGGAGUCAAUGUGUGAUUGAAUUGAUGUUAAUAUUUAUGUUAAGCUAUGAGUUGUAAAUCAAUUAAUAUUAUUAAUAAUAUUAAUAACACUUUGAUUACAAUCAAUGCAAUGAUUAUUUGAUUAGACAUCACAUGUGUUGACACCGCAGUCAUGGAUGGACUCAAAGACAUUGAGUUGACCUCAGAUGACUUGCGACGACUUCUCGAUUUAUUCUCCAUUUGUCACUAUAAGACCAAAGAUAGUGAUAAAAGAAGUGAUUUUAUUGAAACCAUUUGUGUAAAACUGUUUGCUAAAGACUAUGACGAUCUCGAGAUCAUCAACAAUGAUAACGGAGAGUUGGCCUCAAGUUAUCCGUCAAAGAUUAUUAUACCACACAUCUAUGACAUGAACAAUGCUAACAGUGAUAAUUGGGAUGAAGUGGAUUCACACGUAUCACCCAUCAAGAGAUGCAAUACUUUGACUAAUGAUACUAAUGGUCACACAAUUGCUAUGCCAUCGAGUAAUGGCACAAAUGGCACAUCACAUGCCAACAGACGAUUAGAUGUUAAUAAAUUAAAAGACUUGAUUAGUAGGGCUCGAGUGGCCCGAUGUAGGGCUCGAUUCCCGAUUCCAGUUAUACUUUGUAACAAUAAGUAUAUUUGCCGAUCGGCCACAUUGUCCGGCGGACCAGAAAUAUAUGGGCGAUCAGGUCUUGACUUUUUAUUUAGUGAUUACCGAAAUAAUAGUGAUGUGGACAGUGAUGUGACACAUAAUUUGAAAACUCAUUUAUCUGAUGUCGAAACUACUUCCACAUCAAAUGCCGGCUUAUCUUUAAAUAUCAGUGAUAGCAGUCAUCUGUUCUCUAAAGUCAGAAACAGAGAUAUUGAACUUCUUAAAUAUCUGUCAGUUGGAUAUAUCUGUGAUCUAAUGGUGGAGAAGAAAAAAGUAAAGUUUGGGAUGAAUGUGACUUCCAGUGAAAAGGCCGAUAAAGAGAGUCGAUAUCAAGAGUUCACUAUAAUGUCUUUGCCAUACCCUGGAUGUGAAUUCUUCAAAGACUAUCGUGACAAUGGAUAUUCAGCUGAAGGUUUAAUAUACGACUGGAAACAGCAUUUUGUUGACGCAAAUCUCAUUGUUCCCAACAAUGACGGCAUAUGUGAAGGUCUUAACAUUGAUUGGAAUCAAUACCGUAAUUGGGAUGUCAUUAAACUGACACAAAACUAUUUAAAACUUUUGUUAUUAUAUUUCAAUUUAAGUGACUCUUCAAUACUGAUCCACUGUAUCUCUGGUUGGGACAGAACUCCAUUGUUUACUUCAUUAUUACGACUAUCCUUAUGGGCCGAUGGAAAGAUUCAUCAAAAUCUUAGUCCAAUAGAGAUGACAUUUUUAACCAUUUCUUAUGACUGGUUUUUAUUUGGCCAUAACCUCAAUGACAGACUCAAUAAGGGCGAAGAAAUUCUAUUCUUUUGUUUCUAUUUUCUUAAAUAUAUAAUAAGUGAAGAAUUUUCUAUUGAUUUUCUUACUAAUAAUUGUUGUAAAGAACGCAAACAUAGUGUCGACCAUUUGGUUAAUACCGAUGUCUCACAAAUACUUCUCGAUGGACAUAAUAAUUGUGGUAAUUAUAGAGGAAGUUCGACCAGUUUGAACAGCAACUGUAGUUCAACCAGCACUAGGAGUCAAGAUAACUGUCCGCCUUUAUAUUUUCCUAUUUGUAAUACUGAAGAUGCGUUUCUCAUCAAAUCAGACAGAGAUAAUGGUUACGGAAAAACACCACCGACUUUGACUAAUAGUGAAGAAGGAUAUGCUAUGUUUGCCACUCCUGUUAAUUCAAUUAUAAAUAAAUUGGAUGAAUCAAUGCUUAAGAAGAGUACUUCAAGUACUAAUAGUACUGUUACUUCAUCCGGAUAUAACACUAAUAUAACACAACCCGUUGCUAUUCCUGCAAAUGCUUCUCAUAAAUCACAUAAAAUAGAUAAUGACUUAUCAUCUUUAAGUCGGAGUGACAGUUGGCAACUGGUCUCCGAUACGGGUAGUAUUCGUGAGACAUCAUUGCGUUAUUCAUCUCCCGAUUCAUUAUCAUCACCCAAAACAAAUGGCAAUUCAAUAGAUACGUCUUCGAGUAGUAAUUCAGAUAAUUGUGAUUUUAAAAAUUCAUUUUUAAACAAUAAUAAAAAGGAUCGCAUAAAUAGUAAUAAUGGUAAAGACUUGUCUAAGACAACUCAGAGACGAGAGAGACUUCAAGCAGUCCGAAGUAUUUUCUAUAACUCAUAUUCUUCGGCCAUUGGAUUCAAAUUCAAAAACGGAUUGAACGACAAUUCGGCCCGAUUUUCCACAUUACUCGACCAGUUCGCCGGUCUCUACUCGACCCGAGUCACUGCUCCUCAUUAGUGUUGGUGACUAUCACUGCCUAAUGUCAACUAAAUUACUGCCAAAAUUGAGUUAAAUAUUUUUUAAUGGGUUUUAAUCACUUUUUAAUAUAUAAGAAAUGCAAAUAAUUAGGUUUUAAAUAUAAUAUUAAUUAUUGUUAAGAAAUGCCGUUUUAUUAACUGACAUGAGUUUGCAUUAAGAAUUAGCCGAUAAACAAAAUAUUAACAAAUCUAUUACUGUAUAAGUUUAAUGAAAAUAUUGACACAAUUUUUAUAUUAUAUUAUACAGUAUCUAAUAUUUAUGUCAAUUGAUAUACAGUGUGGUAACUGAGUUGCAUAAUUAUUUUUGAUAAAUUUUAUAAAUAUUAGUUAAUGAUCUUGCAACAUUUU